UGAACAAGUAGAAAGACCGUGCAUGCUGAUAGACACUUGUCAGUAUGACGCUGGGACCACACCACGCGUUGCCCCUUGAGCUCCGCAGUGUCAAUGCAAAGCCCUUGGAGCGAUAUGUCCGCGAAAGAAUCACAGCAUUCUCUGGAGAGAAGGCAUUUGCCCAGCGUCUGCAUCUGUCGCCCAGCGUCGUUCAGAAUGCUGCAGUCGAGACACUGGCAGAGCUCUCCGUGGAAGGGAAUUGGAGUCCUGCAGCAGCCCAGUGUGGACUUGUGUUCCGCCACGACUGCAUGAGCCUGGGCUGCUUGGACCUGGACUGCAAUCUGUGCAAGCAGACGCCGCACCGCCGGUGUACAUCCACAUUUGCCGGCAAGUACCUGUCGGGCGAUGUCCUCAAGGCAAAAUGUGGAGCUCGCAUCCGCUUGGAGGUCAUCGACAGGAGGACUGGGGACUCUGUGCCCGCGCAUGUCCUCAGGGACACACAGGUGGAGAUCUGCAUCCUGGAUGGCAGGCUCUUUGAGGAGCAGAAUGCAGACGUGGAAUCUGAGGAGGUGCUGGAGAGCUGCACUCUGCUGACCAGCAACGCAGGCAAAUCGCUGCUUGGCCCUGGGCCAGACGAGGAGCUCAGCUCUGAGAAUAAGAUCCUAUCCAAGCUGAUUGACGGACAGGCGGAGGUGCAGUGCAGCAUCGUGGGGUCGUCCAUAGCGCUGCUGACGGGGCAGAAGCCGCCGUUCCGGCUGCUUGCGCGCGCCGUGCGCGGCUCCACCGGCGAGCGCCUGCCGCACAUCAAGCCAGCGGUCAGCGACGCAUUCGUUGUCGCCACGCAGCGCGUGAAGACCGCGCAGAAGCCGGAUAUCCCGCACAUAGAGGAGCAUGUGAGCAAGGUGGAGUGCGUGGGCCUGCAGACACAGCAGAAGCUGCUGGACAUCAAGGCCGCUGCCACAGCCGUGGGCAUCCACAACCUAUCAGUCGUGCACAACAGCGUCACCACUGUGGGGCAAUUCAAGGAGCUGGUGGAGAGCGCGGAGAAGGACCAGCCGCUGCAGGAGUCGCUGCGCAAGGCGCUGAAUCUGACGGCCAAGGGUUGGGAUGGCGCGCGCAAGCACGCGCUGAGAGCGGUCACCACCGACAACCGGAUGCGCAUCUGGACCGCUGACGACUCGCUCUCCACGGGCCUCCUCUUCCGCUGCAACCUCGGUCGCAUCCUCAUCGACGCCCCCGUUGGGCUGCUGCAGAAGGUGGGCAUGGAGGGGCCGGAGCAGGUGAGGAUGGAGGCCACGCUGGCAUCACUGCAGGACCCAUUCGAGGGGCGAUUCGCGGCGCAGCUGCAGCAGCGGGCGGCCGAGUCCUGGCAGCGGCCCGGCCACCCCGGCUGGUGCAUCUGGGGCAUGGACAGCGAGGGGUUUGUCACCGAGCUCAAGCUGCAGCGCGGUCGCGUGCACAUCGUCGUCCCCGUUCCCCCGACCUCCCACUCCCGCUCCAGCCUCCUGCCCCACGGGCCGGGGGACGAGCCGCUGGCAGGCAUUCCUCUGCAGCAGCUGGGAGUUCGACUGGGUGAGGGCCAGGUGCCGUCGCCCCCGCAAGUGCUGGCGCAAGCCAGCCAGCCGCCGGUGGAGGCCGAGCGCGCCGACAGCUUUGCCUUCUCUUCCCGACCGCUGCCCUCACAGAUGCUGCCAAUUGGGCGGCCGCCGCUGCCGAGGCCGCCGCCGCUGCCGCACAACCCGGCGAUCGACGGCUUCCGCGUGCCUGACCCACCACGCGUGGAAGCACAAGGCAAGCUCUGCGCGCACAUCGACAGCUCGCAGAUGCUACCGUCGCCGUUUGACAACUUGCAGGGUGGCGCUGCUUCGGUGCCCAGCAUCCCCAGCUCCAUGCAGUACUCAACGCCCCCAUCCCCCCUCGGAGCCGGCGCAUCUGCUGGGCUGCCCGGGCUGCCCUCCUUGCUGCCCAUGAUGGACACCUCCGAGGUGGACCACCUGCUCGGACUGCAGCGGCGCCUCUAUGGCGAGAGUGAGGCGUCGCUGCCCACGCUGCUGAGCAAGCUGUCGGGUCUGUUCGGGGCGGCGCCGGCGGGAGGCAACGGCCUCUUCCAGGUGCCCAGCCUUCCGCGGCUGCCACAGGCGCCCGAUCAGGACGCGCCGGGCCCCGCCGCAGCUUCCACCAGCGGCCCAGCAGCUCCCAGCAGCCAGGCAGCUUCCGCCUCGGGUGCGCCCGCCGAGCCGUCCAACGGCGGCGUCUGGCGCACCUUCAGCGACAUGAUGCAGUACCCGGCCCCCUGGAAGGACAUGCCACCGGAGACGCGGGGGAUGAUGAAGCGCAUGAGCGGACGAGUCAGCGGGCUGCUGGAUGACCUCAGCGACGCCAUGUCACUCCUCACCGACAUCAUGCCCUCCAAAGCCUCCGAGCUGGCGUUAGGGGAAGGGGAGGACAAACGGCCGGAGCUACAGCCGCCGAGAGCGGCAGCCGCCGCAUCUCCCGGUGCGCCGCCAGCGCCGGCCGCCGCCCCCGGGAAGCUUCAGCCGGCUACGCCGCUGACAAAUGGCGUCGGAAGCGGCAAGAAGCGCAAGGCCCUGGAGGCCGCCGGAGUGAAAGCCGGCGACAGCGCCGCACAGAAUUCCCGGUCAAAGCGGUGA